CUUACCUUCAUGAGAGCUGACAUUACUUCUUUUGAUAUCGAUGCCUUAGUCAGGCUAACUAUAUGCGAUGCGUCAAACAUAAAAUGAAAUUCAUCCUACCGAGAGAAUCUCGCAUAAAGCAAUGGGAGUCAUGGCUCGGAUUAUGAUCGGUCCAUCCUCAGACACUGACGUUAACGUCAGUCACAAGUCACAACACGUGUAAGAUAUUCCAGUUCUUAGUUUAGUUUAGAGAUACGCAACAGCAAAAUCUCUAAGCCACAAAGAUUCAAGUAGGCCCACUUACAGAAUCUUCCAUAAUUUGAGUUUAAAUGUCGUAAACUUUUUAACCACGUCAUUAGAUUAGCGAUGAUAAAAGGAAAUUCAGAUUUUUUCACUCAAUUCACUGAUUGAUUCAUACUGAUUGCAAAUGGAAAAAGUUGUAACCCUAAAUCAUGAUCUACCUCUGUUACACUUCCCGAAUUCUCGGAAACCCUUUUCGAUUCCAUCUCCGAUUCUUCGGAUUUCGAGCUUCAAGCGUCAUAAGAAACGUUCUUGUCUUGCAUCGUCUUCGCGUCUAGGGUUCUAUACAGAGACCAAGACCGUUUCAGAGAGCCAUGGUGUGAUAGUUGACAACAGUACCAUCGGAAGAAGAUUGCUUGGUUUAGCCGCAGCCGUUUCAGUAGCGGUUUCUUUGUCGAUCUUUUGUGAUUCCCCGGCACUAGCUGAGUCUCUAACGAUCGCUUUCCCUGUUUCACGUGCUCGUGAGGUUACUACAGUACAGAGAACUCUUGUGGAAGCUUGGGGUUUGAUUAGAGAAACAUUUGUUGAUCCAACUUUUAAUCAUCAAGGCAAUGUUCAGAUUUUGAUUUGAAUUUGUGGGAGGAUUUUGUAGAUUAUCUCUUGAGGAAAGUGUAUUGAUUUUGCAGAUUGGGAUUUUAAGUUGCAACAGACGAUGGUGGAAAUGUUUCCUCUAAGAUCAGCAGAUGCUGCUUAUGGAAAGCUCAAAGCUAUGCUCUCUACGCUUGGUGAUCCCUUUACUCGACUCAUUACCCCAAAGGAGUACCAAAGUUUCAGAAUUGGCAGCGAUGGAAAUCUCCAAGGUGUUGGCCUUUUCAUAAACUCAGAACCAAGAACAGGUCACCUGGUUGUUAUGUCUUGCGUAGAAGGUAGCCCGGCAGAUCGUGCUGGUAUACAUGAAGGCGAGGAGUUAGUCGAGAUAAAUGGUGAGAAAUUAGAUGAUGUUGAUAGUGAAGCAGCAGCACAGAAGCUGAGAGGCCGAGUUGGAACAUUUGUUACCAUAAAACUUAAAAAUGUGAAUGGAUCAGGGACAGAUUCUGGUAUUAGAGAGGUCAAGUUACCUCGAGAUUACAUUAAGCUAUCUCCAAUAUCCAGUGCUAUAAUCCCACAUACAACACCUGAUGGACGUUUAGCGAAGACAGGUUAUGUCAAACUCACAGCGUUUUCACAGACUGCAGCGUCCGAUAUGGAAAAUGCGGUGCACGAGAUGGAGAAUCAGGAUGUUCAGUCAUACAUUCUAGACCUAAGGAACAAUCCGGGAGGUCUGGUUAGAGCUGGUCUUGAUGUUGCACAAUUAUGGCUUGACGGAGAUGAGACUCUUGUGUAUACAAUCGAUCGAGAAGGGGUUACAUCACCGAUCAACAUGAUCAAUGGACACGCUGUGACACAUGAUCCACUUGUUGUGCUUGUGAAUGAAGGAAGUGCUAGUGCAAGUGAAAUUUUGGCAGGUGCUUUACACGAUAAUGGUCGAGCUAUACUUGUCGGUAACCGGACAUUUGGGAAAGGGAAAAUUCAAAGCAUAACAGAGCUAAACGAUGGGUCGGCUUUGUUUGUGACGGUGGCUAAGUAUUUGUCUCCGUCUUUACACGAAAUUGAUCAAGUAGGGAUUGCACCUGAUGUACAGUGUACCACAGGUAUGAUCGAUUCUUUGACCGCUGAGAUAGUUGAGAAGAUGAACAGUUCGGUUCCAUUGCUUGAAGCAGACUCAUGUGUUAUGGUCGCUGAGCACGAACUUGAGGCUCGACGAUCUAAUGGAACAGCUUCUUGAGGGUUUUGGGCGGUUUCAUCGUGAAUAUUUAUAGGACAAGUUUAUGUUGUAUAUAUUGUGAUAGUUCCAUGUACAAAUCUAUCUGACACUUACUGUUGUUUCCUUCUAUACGUAAAGUUUAGUGAAUUUAGAUUAGUAAAAGAGUCUUAAGGAUCUUCUUUUUCUUAGAUAUUGUAAU